AGCUGCUCGGGAGCGCGCCCCGGGGCUCCGCCCUGACUCCCGUAGCGGCCUGGGUCUGCAUCCUGAGGCUGGAGCUGGCGGGUCCCGGACAGAAAGGAAGACCUAGAGCUGUCGCCACAUAAAGAAGUUCAUCUUAUUACCAAUGACUCUUUAAUGUGAAAAAUAAUUUAACAGCAUUUCUGAUUCAUGGAUCUUCAAAGAAAGCAGAGAAGAUGGAUUUCAAGAUUUGCGAAAGAAAGAAGCUUGUGCCGUUCUGAAGACAGAAAAUUUGGGAACUCAUAAAAUAGGCAGAGGAAUAAAGAUACCAUCUGAGAAGUGGAAACUGUGUGACACCUACCAUCAUUGAUUCCAGGUUCCAGCCCACAGUCUACAUGGUCUGAAAAACUAGAAGCCAAGGCAUUAACCCAAAGUUGGCCCAGACAACUUCUUUGAAAUGUGGUGGUUUCAGCAAGGCCUCAGUUUCCUGCCGUCAGCGCUUGUAAUUUGGACAUUUGCUACCUUUAUCUUCUCAUACAUCACGGCGAUAACACUCCACCAUGUUGAUCCUGCAUUGCCUUACAUCAGUGAUACUGGUACAGUACCUCCAGAAAGAUGCCUCUUUGGAGUAAUGCUAAAUAUUGCUGCAGUUUUAGGUCUUGCUACCAUGUAUGUUCGUUACAAACAAGUUCAUGCACUUAAUCCUGAAGAGAACCUUAUCAUCAAAUUCAACAAAGCUGGCCUUGUACUUGGGAUACUGAGUUGUUUAGGACUCUGUCUUGUGGCAAAUUUCCAGAAAUCAACACUAUUUGUUGCACAUGUAUGUGGAGCUGUGCUUGCCUUUAGUAUGGGUUCAUUGUACAUGUUUGUUCAAACCAUCCUUUCCUACCAAAUGCAACCUAAAAUCCACAGCAAACAAGUCUUCUGGAUCAGACUUCUGUUGUUUAUCUGGUGUGGAGUAAGUGCACUAAGCAUGCUGACUUGCUCAUCAAUUUUGUACAGUAGUGAUUUUGGUGCUGAUAUAGUACAGAAACUACACUGGAACCCUGAGGACAAAGGUUAUGUGCUUCACAUGGUCACCACUGCAGCAGAAUGGUCUAUGUCAUUUUCCUUCUUUGGAUUUUUCCUGACUUACAUUCGUGAUUUCCAGAAAAUUACUUUACGGGUGGAAGCCAAUUUACAUGGAUUAACCCUCUAUGACACUGCUCCUUGUCCUGUUACCAAUGAAAGAACACCACUGCUUUCCAGAGACUUUUAAUGAAGGGAUAAAAUACUUCUGUGAUAAUUAUGAUUCUCAGGGAUUUGAGAAAGACGCAGAAAAAGUUGAUUAUUAUACUCUGAAAAUUUGAAUCAGUUAAUCAAGGCUGACAGUGACUUUAAUGAACGGUAAUGAUCAAGAGAUGUGUAAUGAGCCACCUGAUCAGUUUUCUUAAAGGAUGUCAUUUAGAUUAUCUAAAAAUAUUUAUGCCUAGACUUUUUAAUCUCAGAAAAUAAAACCAAAGGAUAAUA